GACACCUCCUGCAAUAACACGUCCCACCGUAUAUAUCCUUCCGAUCCUCUGUGAAAAUUUCAACAAUUCUUGGAAAAAAAGGAAACGGAGAAGGAGAAAUUAUAAAACAGCCCAUUUCAUUGAGAUCCUAGAUAAUGGCUGCAAGAGGGAGAACGACCUUAGAGGUUGGAGCUGAUGGAGUGGCUAUCAUCACCAUCAUCAAUCCUCCUGUCAAUUCCCUUUCCAUUGAUGUGCUUAAUAGCUUAAAGGAGAGUUAUGAAGAAGCCUUAAGAAGGGAUGAUGUGAAGGCUGUUGUUGUUACAGGUGCCAAAGGAAAGUUUUCUGGUGGUUUUGAUAUCGCUGCCUUUGGUGGACUACAAGGGGGAAAGGUUGCUGCACCAAAGCCAGGUUUUGUGUCAGUGGAGAUUCUAACUGACAUAGUGGAAGCUUCGAAAAAACCAUCAGUAGCAGCCAUUGAUGGUCUUGCUUUAGGUGGAGGACUUGAAGUUGCAAUGGGUUGCCAUGCGCGUAUUUCUACUCCUAAUGCACAAUUAGGUUUACCUGAACUUCAGCUUGGUAUAAUUCCCGGCUUUGGAGGGACACAGCGGCUCCCACGCCUUGUAGGUCUUGCUAAAGCUCUAGAGAUGAUGCUUACAUCAAAGCCUGUUAAAGGACAGGAAGCCCUGAAUUUGGGCCUUGUGGAUGCCGUUGUUUCACCAAAUGAAUUACUGGAUACUGCACGUCAUUGGGCUCUAGAUAUGUUGGAGAGACGCAAACCUUGGGUUGCUAGUCUCUACAAGACUGACAAAAUAGAGGCUCUUGGGGAGGCCAGGGAAAUACUAAAGUUUGCUCGAGCUCAGAUCCGUAAGCAAGCUCCAAACCUUAACCAUCCAUUAGUCUGCAUUGAUGUUGUUGAAGAGGGUAUAGUUUCUGGUCCACGUGCUGGCCUUUGGAAGGAGGCAGAAGAAUUCCAAAAGCUUGUGUAUUCAGACACAUGCAAGGCCUUGGUCCACGUUUUCUUUUCUCAACGUGGAACCACAAAGGUUCCAGGUGUAACUGAUCUAGGAUUGGCACCAAGACAGAUUAAGAAGGUUGGAAUUCUUGGAGGGGGUUUGAUGGGCUCCGGGAUUGCAACGGCUUUGAUACUUAGCAACUAUCCUGUAAUCCUGAAGGAAGUUAAUGACAAAUUUCUACAAGCUGGAAUUGGUAGAGUAAGAGCAAAUCUGCAAAGCCGUGUUAAGAAGGGGAGAAUGAGUCAAGAGAAGUUUGAAAAAACUUUUUCUCUACUAAAAGGUACCCUUGACUAUGAAAGCUUUAGAGAUGUGGACAUGGUUAUUGAGGCUGUUAUUGAGGACAUAAACUUAAAGCAGAAAAUAUUUGCUGAUCUUGAAAAGUAUUGCCCUCCGCAUUGCAUUCUUGCAAGUAACACCUCUACCAUUGACUUAAACUUAAUUGGAGAGAAAACUAGAUCACAGGACCGUAUUAUUGGUGCCCACUUUUUCAGUCCGGCUCAUGUGAUGCCACUUCUGGAAAUUGUUCGCACUCAAAAAACUUCUCCUCAAGCAAUUGUCGACUUGCUAGAUGUUGGAAAAAAGAUAAGGAAAACCCCUGUUGUAGUUGGAAAUUGCACGGGGUUUGCUGUCAACAGGAUGUUCUUUCCUUACACGCAAGCUGCUCUCCUGCUUGUUGAGCGGGGUGCAGAUCCUUACAAGAUAGAUAAAGCAAUUACCAAAUUCGGAAUGCCCAUGGGCCCCUUUAGAUUGUGUGAUCUUGUUGGCUUUGGUGUUGCAAUUGCAACUGGAGGCCAAUACGUGAUGAAUUUUCCAGAAAGAACUUAUAAAUCCAUGUUGAUACCACUCAUGCAAGACGACAAAAGGGGAGGUGAAGCCACUCGUAGAGGAUUUUAUAUUUACGAUGACAGGCGCAAAGCCAGCCCCGACCCUGAAAUAAAAAAAUAUAUCGAGAAGGCAAGAGAGAUGUCUGGUGUCUCCAUUGACCCUAAGUUGAUGAAACUUUCGGACAAAGAUAUUGUGGAGAUGACAUUUUUGCCAGUGGUGAAUGAAGCCUGUAGAGUACUUGCUGAAGGUAUUGCUAUCAAAGCUUCUGAUCUGGACAUUGCUGCUGUGAUGGGCAUGGGUUUCCCUCCUUACAGGGGAGGGGUCUUGUUUUGGGCUGACACUCUGGGGUCAAAGUACAUUUACUCAAAGUUGAAUGAGUGGUCAAAAAUGUAUGGAGGUUUCUUUGAGCCAUGUUCUUACUUGGCUGAAAGAGCUGCCAAGGGUGCUCCUCUGAGUUUGAAAAUGGACCCAGGAAAGUCUCGCCUUUAAGAUCAAAUCAUCAGAGUGGCGUCUUGUUAUAUCUUUAUUGGUAUUAUUGUGUUUUAUCUUUACUAAGAAGGAAAUGAGGAAUUGAUCUGUGUAUGAACUAUUUUGAAGGUGAGAAAUAAUACAAGUGAGGACUAUAAUGUAACGGCAGGUGCCAGGUUGUAGUAGUUGUCUAGUCGAUAAUGUGUCACCAAUCACAUAAAAAUUUCUUAAUAAUAAAAUAUCAAAAGUUGCUUUUGUUGGAA